CUCUCUAUAUAUAUACAUAUACACAGACUCCACCCUUAUAUACGUGGUUCUAUAGCACACCAUAUUUCGCGCCUCCCAAACACAAUCUCUCUCUCAUUUUCUCAGGAAAUUCUUGCUCAACUCUGAUUUUUCUCUCGGAGCAUAGUCGCUUCAGAGAGAGAAAGUAAAGAUGGGAGUGGGAGAAGGAGGAGACGAAGGGUUGAGGAGAAGAGGAUGUUCGUGUACAAAAGACGAUUUUCUCCCUGAGGAAUCGUUCCAGAGCUGGGGCAAUUAUGUCCGAGCACUGAAAGAGACUCCGACCCGUUUAAUUAAUCGGGUCACGACCCGAUCAUUGGAUAGCACCGAACUGGUCGAAAUGAAGGCUCGAAGCGAACACGAGAUGAAGAAGACGCUCACUUGGUGGGACCUCAUGUGGUUCGGUAUCGGAGCCGUCAUCGGCGCCGGAAUAUUCGUUCUCACCGGGCUCGAGGCCAAGACCGACGCUGGCCCUGCCGUCGUCUUAUCUUACGUCGUUUCUGGAAUCUCCGCCAUGCUUUCUGUUUUUUGUUACACGGAAUUUGCGGUCGAAAUUCCCGUUGCAGGGGGUUCCUUUGCUUACCUAAGAGUAGAGCUCGGAGACUUCGUGGCCUUCAUCGCCGCAGGCAACAUUCUCCUAGAAUACGUAAUAGGCGGUGCAGCCGUGGCCCGGUCAUGGACCUCUUACUUUGCCACGCUAUGCAACCACAAACCAGACGAUUUUCGCAUCAACGCCGUGGGCGCUCUCUCCGAAAACUACGGCCACCUCGACCCAAUAGCCGUAGUAGUCAUGGCCGGCAUUUGCAUCCUAGCCGUGCUCAGCACCAAAGGCUCAUCAAGACUAAACUACGUCGCUUCAAUUGUCCACAUCCUAGUCAUCCUCUUCAUCAUCAUAGCAGGUCUAACCAAAGCCAACUUCGAUAACUACAGAGAUUUCGCACCCUUUGGCCCACGUGGGGUCUUCAAAGCCUCAGCUGUACUCUUCUUCGCCUAUGUAGGAUUCGACGCCGUUUCAACCAUGGCUGAAGAAACCAAAAACCCGGGUAAAGACAUCCCAAUUGGGUUAGUUGGGUCUAUGGUCAUAACCACUGUAGCUUACUGUUUACUAGCUAUAACACUUUGCUUAAUGGUACCAUACAAACUAAUCGACGAAGACGCACCUUUCUCUGUUGCGUUCGAAACUGUUGGAAUGGGUUGGGCUAAGUACCUCGUUGCGGCUGGUGCCUUAAAGGGAAUGACUAGUGUUUUGCUUGUUAGCGCAGUGGGUCAGGCUCGUUACCUAACACACAUAGCUCGGACCCACAUGAUGCCACCAUGGCUUGCACAAGUCAACGCGAAGACUGGUACUCCAGUCAACGCAACCAUUGUCAUGAUCACAGCUACUGCUAUUAUUGCCUUAUUCACAAAGCUGGAUAUUCUCUCUAAUCUACUUUCAAUAUCGACACUUUUCAUUUUCAUGCUCGUUGCAGUGGCCCUUCUCGUCCGGCGAUACUAUGCUGCCGGAGUAACUACUCCGGCUAACCGGAAUAAGCUGAUCUUUUUCCUUGUAGUGAUUUUGGGGUCUUCUAUUGGUACUUCUGCUUAUUGGGGCACCAGCGAUGGUUGGUAUGGGUAUGCAAUUACAGUUCCACUUUGGUUUUUGGGGACAUUGGGUAUUCGAAUCUUUGUUCCUCAGGCGAAGUUUCCUAACCUCUGGGGUGUUCCAUUGGUGCCGUGGUUGCCCUCGGCUUCGAUUGCUAUCAAUAUUUUUCUUUUGGGGUCGAUUGAUAAAGACUCGUUUAUAAGGUUUGGGAUUUGGACUUUGAUUAUUUUGGGUUAUUACUUCUUCUUUGGGUUACAUGCUUCGUACGACGUUGCUAAGGAAUUUGAAAAGGAGAAAGCGCUUCGAAACGACAAUCAAUUGAAAAAUGCUGAAGAAGGUGGUGCUGUUGCCGAACCCAAUAAUUAGUUUUUUUUUUUUUUAAGGAAAAAUUAAAUUAGAUUUUUGUGAAGUUCGUUUCUUUUUUUUUUUAAUCUGAAAUCUUGUUUGUAGUAAAUUUUUUUGUUAUAUAGUUUGGUCUACGUAUUACUUUGCAAAAAAGAAAAGAAGUUUGGUCUACCUAUUGUAUGGUUUUUUUUUCUUUUUAAUUUGAAGUAAAGUGGUUUUUCUCA